CUCUCAGUGGAGCCGACCUCUCUCUCUCUCUCUCUCUCUCUCUCUCUCUUUCUACGCUACAAUGUCAAGCAUUCACAACCAACCACCACAACACAGCUACAAAGGAAAGUCAUCCUCCCACCACCACUCAACCCCUCCAAAAGGAAGGACACAGCUAAGAGAAGAGGAAAGACAAUUGAGAGGUGAGAGCAAUAAGGAGAAGAAAGAGAUGAGAACCAGCAUCAUAUCAACUCCACCAUCUCACCAACCCACGCACUAGUGAAGCUGCUCUUCUUCCAUAAGGUAGCUUCCUGCUGUUCUUCCAAGAAUCUAGGAAGGAACUCGUCCGACAGGAAAGGUAGAGGAGAUCUUUAGAUGGAUUCCUUGAAGGGGAGAUCAGGAUUCUGUUACGGUCAUGGUCGGGAGGCUAUGGAAGAUACCGAGGGUGGCGGUGGCGCCUUCUCGGGCCUCCUGGACAUCUACGUUCAUCAUGCUCGCGAUAUCCACAACAUCUGCAUCUACGCCAACCAGGACGUCUACGCCAAAUUCUCCCUCACAUGCAGCCCUGACGAGGCGCUGUCCACCCGGAUCGUCGCCGGCGGUGGCCGGAACCCGCAGUUCGACGAGCACCUCAAGCUCAAGAUCGCCCAGCGGGAUGCCGUCCUCAAAUGCGAGAUUUGGAUGCUCAGCAGGGUCAAGAAUUUCCUGGAGGACCAGCUCAUGGGAUUCACCCUGGUGCCGCUCUCCUUGGUGGCCACGGCGAAGGGGAAGCUGACUCAAGACUUCUCCCUCUCCUCCACCGAUCUCUUCCACUCCCCCGCCGGGACUGUUCAGCUCACCCUGGCCUUGGACAGCUCCUCAUGCCAUGCAGGUGCCCCUGAUAAGGCCUUUGUGGAGUCCAACACAAUGAAUUCAUCCAUUAGCUCGGAGGUUGUCCUGCUGGACCCUGUUGAUUAUGGAAGAAUCGAGUUUCCCGACAUCAGCGUUGUGAAGGAGAAUCAGAUCAUGGUCUCGGAGUACUUCGAAAUGGCGGCACGCAGGGCUCCUUCGAGGCCCGUCGGGACGGCACAGCCUGCUGCACCAUUCCUGCAUCUAGGAGCUUCGCCGCAGUCUGCGGAGGACUGCGACAUGACUCUGAAUUCGAGCGAGGAGAACAAUGGUGAAUCUGAUUCUCCUGAUGCUAGCAGUAUUCAGAAUUCAGGAAUCUUCAGUAAUUCUACCAUGACUAGCCUGAGCGACGAUAGGAAUUCUGCUGACUCCUUGGAUAAAAAGAUUCGGGUGGCUUCGAACAAUUCAGCUGUGGACGCAAAUCAGAGCUCCGGGGCUUCGCCAGAUACUCCCACUUCGCAGAGCGGUGGUGGCAGAGGAGAGGGGAAGGAGUCCAAGACAUCAAGCAAGGAGGAGGCAGAAGGUGUUGCAAAAGAACACAAAGUGCACAGCAAUGUGGAAAUGGGGUCUGUUUUCAAGUCCCCUUUGGGGAACAUCAACCUCGAGGCCGAGCAGACUGCGAUGCAGCAGCAAAUUGUGGACAUGUACAUGAAGAGCAUGCAGCAAUUUACGGAGUCCUUGGCGAAGAUGAAACUGCCAAUGGAUCUUGACAACCCGAGAUCUGAGGAUGGAGGGGAUGUAAUCCAGAGCCAGAAUGACAAGUUGGAUCCCCAGAAGAAAAAAGAUAAGUCCAGAGUGUUUUAUGGUAGCAGAGCCUUUUUCUGACCAGAUAAUACACUGUGUCUGCUUCAAAAGAGUGUUAGCUGCAUGAGAGAUAGUAAUUGACAAUAACUUGGUUUUACUUGAUGUGUGUGUGUGUGUGUAGAUGGAUGUCUGUUGUGUGUGUUAACUCUUUGAUUCUCUCCUAUAUUACUUCUCUGAUUUGCUCUUUUAUUGCAAUGCAAGCACAAACAUUACAACUGUUGAUGCAGUUAACUUCUUACAGGUUCUUCGAC